AUGACAACGUCAUCGUCUAGAUCGGAGAGUGCCAACCCUCCCAAGCUGGAUAACGAUAGCUUUGUCGCUUUCGACCAUGCUGCCGCCGGACACGACGGCGUUCGCUGCACGCCCUCCGGCUUCCUGAUCGCGAAGCCUUGCACCCCCGAAGAGGUCGCUUUCUACGAAUCCAGCGCCCUCCAUCCUACUUUUCGGGACUUCAUGCCCACCUUCAUGGGCACCCUGUCAUCGGCUGACCAGCAGCAACCGCUCGCCAUCGCCGCCUCCCAGCAAGGCGGCGCUGUCGUGCUGCCCGGAUCGGAUUCCUCGUCGACGACAAACACCCCUGCGACUACCGAGCCGUCCACCGCUCCGUCCGCGGCGUCAGACCCCACGGAACAGGGACAAACAUGGGUACCAUCUGGAGGGAAAAAACUGGACACCGGUCUCUCGAUCGUGCUGGAGAAUGUGGCGUCCGGGUUCGUGCGUCCAAAUGUUUUGGAUGUGAAGCUCGGCGCGCGAUUGUGGGCGGACGAUGCGCCCCCUGCGAAGCGCACUAAACUCGAUGCGGUGUCCAAGGAUACUACGAGCUCUAGCCUUGGAUUCCGAAUCGCCGGGAUGAAGGUGUGGACUGGUGUGAAUGGGGAGACUGAUGCGGGGAGCAAGACGGAUCCGUAUGACGUGCGCCACGAGGGGUCCGAGGGUGCCAAGGGUGAGAUUAUCGAGAAGGACGGCUAUAAACGCUACGAUAAGUGGUACGGGCGAUCGUUCAGCCAGGAAAACGUGAAGGAAGGUUUCGAGUCGUUCCUCGCUGGUGCGAAGGCUGGGACUAUCGAUCGCUCUAAGUUCCUGGCUAAGCGAUUGGCUGAUGAAUUGAGGCGCGUGCAGCAGGUCAUCGAGGCCGAGGAAAGCCGCAUGUACUCAUCGAGCGUGUUGAUUGUCUACGAGGGAGAUCCUACGGCGAUGGAAAAUGCGCUGGAAGAAGAGAAGAAAGCCCAGGAGCGGGGACCGGAAGAGUCCGAGUCCGAGGAUGAGGAGUUCGAACUCGAACUCCAGGAAGAUGGGUCUUACCAGGUGGUAGACCUACCUACUGGGCCAGGCGGUGCACCGCAGCAGGUCAAUGCCAUCAACAUCAGCAUUGAUCCGGAAACCGCUCAGCUGGGUGAUCUGGGGGAGGACGAGGAUGAGGAAGACCCACCCAAGGUGCAUGACCUGCGCCUGAUUGACUUUGCGCAUGCUAGCUGGACCCCUGGCCAGGGACCGGACGAGAACGUACUCAAGGGCAUCCGGAGUCUGGUCAAAUUAUUCGACGAGUUGGCAGUCGAAUAA